AUGUUGAGGGCUGUGCAGGCCUCUUCCCUCCCGGCUCAGGCGGAGACUGAGGGCGGCGGCGGCAACGGCUUCCUCCGGCGGCGGCAGCUCCCGGCUCCUCACGGGCCCUUCCGCCGCCUCCCGCUCAUGCGCAGUGCGGCGCAUCGCCCGCGCCGGCAACCGGAGCGGCGCGGCCGCGGCGCAACGGGCGGGAGUCGUCACCGGGGGGGGGUGGGAGCGGCCCGGCCCGGCAGCCUCCCUUGCCCGCGGGGGGGCGCGGCCCCGUCCCGCUCCCGGCCCCGUCCGGGUUUCUCCGGGAGCGGCGGGGAGCGGCCGGCGCCCGCAGCGCGGCGGUUGGGGUCUGCGGCGCGAAUGGCGGUUGGUCGUCGCAGGCAGCUGAGGGCUCGGUGUGAACGCGGGUGCUGUAACAGCCUGUUCCUGCCACGCCGUGCUCGCAGAGGUGUUUCGCGGUCCUUGUCGAGGGCAGGCAGGUGCACAGCCCCAACGCAUGAACUUAAAAAGAGGUGAGAUGGAAAAAGCCCCUGGGCUUUUCAGGAUGGAUCUGCAAAGGAGGCAGAAGACGUGUGCUGAGCAGCCACCGAGACCUGGGGAAGGUGAAGUCCCAGGGCAGCAGCUUUACAGGCAUUUUCUUACGGGACCACCUCCGCACUUGUAAGAUUUUCCUGCUAGAGGCUGCGAUCCCCCUCGGGGAACUCUUGCUGCCAAGUGGCUGUGGACAGAUAUAGCCUUUUCUGCAGUAGCAUAGAUGUACUAGCAAAAGAGGUUAUAAGGGUUAAGUCACAGUUUGUACCAGUAUCCCAGACAGUUGUUUUUUCCUAGGAAAGCUUAUGCUACCUGCUGCAGACUUCUGGCAGCUGAGGAAGUUUGGGGAAGCAGAAUAUUUGCUGAUAAAAUGCACAGUGGUGGCAAACUGCUAGUUGUGAAGGACAAAGGUUUCAAGAUCUGAUUCUUGUUCUCUCAUCACCUGCUGAGCUGGGAGCUAUUAAAGUAAGCUUCUGUAUUUAUAUUACAUGACUGGUAUGAUUGCACACACCACAAAGAAAACUUCAGAAAGCCAUUCUUCAUGAUGGAUGUCUGGGGUUUAUAUAUAUGUUUUUUAUAGAAGAGGGUCUGAAUCGCUUCUCACUUAUUUUGCUGAAAAUCAGAGCUAAGCUUAGACGGAGUGUGAGGAGUUACAUAUUUAGAGAGGAGAAUCAGGCCUGUCCUGAGAGGUGUCCAAUUGUCCUGCUGUUCUGAAACAGUAAAAUUAAGAGUUGUCUUAAGUAUAUGGAAAUACGUGUGAAUUCAGCUAUCCUGAGAGACACUAGUUGCCUGGAUACCUUGAAUCCUGCUGAAAAGCAUGGUUUUGAAAUGGAGGAUGGCUGCAAAGUGCCCAGUGUAAACAACCGUGAACACUGCACACCAGCCCAGUCCAUGUGAACCACGGCACGGAGUCAAAGCCAAACCUGAAAAUCUUUUUCAUCGAGUUAGCUAACUGCCAUCACUAUAAUGUGCUGUGACAGCCCUCCAGCAAUCUGAAGACAAAAUUUAGACCUUCUUGAAAAUUAUUGCGACGUGCAACAAUAAUCUGAGAUGAACUGUAAUCGCAGUGGAUUCCUCAAGACAGAGACAGGAUUUUUAAGUGGCUUGUUUUUCCCUAAUGUCUGUGGAUCUUUGUGGUUUUCUGUAGUGCGGGGUCUGUUAGGGGGUUUUUUGAGUGUGUGUUUGGGGGCAUACUGUGUUUGUCUUUAGUUUUACCUAUUCUUUAACAAGUUGUUCGUAAGAUUCUUUUAACUUGAACAUUGAAAAAAUAUUUCUCUUUUUCAUUUUGCUGCUUUUGUUCACUGAAUGAAGUGCUAAACAUACAUUAGUUUUAACUUUUUCUUGUUUAGGUCCUAAUUAAAAAGGUACUGAAAUCA